AUGAGCCCGAAGAAGUAUUAUCCAGCCACGUGGAACGAUGACAUGGAGAUGUCCGGACUGAUGUCAAUGAUAAAGUCUCGACAAGUGAAUUCGGUGGACUACGAUCGAAAAAUUCGUUUUUGGCGUGGGAUGAUCGAAAGCGGAUGUUAUGGAGAAAAGGACGCUUUAUUAACUGUUGAUUCGCUAAAGAAAAGAUUUCGUAGAGGUGACCUUGUGCCGUCAAGUCUUCCUAUUGUCAUUGAGGAUAUGAUCAACACUGGCGAUAUUAUCACAUUGGACGAAUGGAAAGAAAAACAUUCAUCGUGGCUUGGAUGGGGAUUCAGCAAGAUGAUGCGCACUGGGAGCUGGUUUAUGGGCGCAAGUGAGCCGGGCCAACGCUAUCUGCAUCUUCCAACUGUUAAGAAACAAGCUGAAGAUCUUCUGGAACUCUACAGCCGAGAAUUUGGCGAUGAAGUCGAUUGUACUGGUGAAGUCGUCGCUUGGACAGAUCUUUUUGAACGCGCUGGCAGUGUCGUCGAUUCAGAGGAAAACUUCGAAAUCGUUCUCCAAUUCUUAUCGGACAGUGGCGAUGUGAUGGUGGGCAAUGCGCGGAAUGGAGAGAAAGUUCUCAAAUUUAAGGGUCGUCGCGAUAGUGGACCAGCUCGUUUCACUGAAGCCGAUGCGUCGGUUCACGACAUUAGAAAGGCAAUGCUUCGCCUCGAUAAGGAGAUUUCGGCGCUCGAGGCUAAAGCUAAAAAAUUGGACCAAGACACUCGAGCAGCGUUGCGCAGUGGUGAGAAAGUGAAGGCCACCAAUCUUUUACGGCAAAAGAAACAAGCCGAUAAAAGUUUGGCCGAUAAAGAUGUUCAAUACAGUAAACUACUCUCGAUGCUUCAUCAAAUUGGCAGCACAAAGCAUAACAAGGAUGUUCUUCAAGCCUACAAGGCGGGCACGAGCGCUUUCAAGGCAAAUUUGGAACGACACGGUCUUUCCCCAGAAAAGAUCGAUGCAACGAUGGAUGAAGUACAAGAGGCUGCUGAGGAAUUCCAUGAUAUUACUGAUGCGAUGAGUCAAGGAAUCGCUGGAAUAAGAGCCGGAGUGCAAGACGAAGAGCUUGAGCGGGAAUUGGAGGAGCUCAUGUCGGGUCAGAAGACACCCGAGAAACCCAUUAGAGAGUUGGAUCUCCCCUCGGUACCUCAAAAUCGUCUCGGAUUGAGCCAAGAAGAUUCCGAAGUGGAACCCCGAACACCCGCACAAAUGUCACUCGAGGAACGAUUACGAAAACUUCGACAAAUGGCCGCC